ACCCCCAGGCUAAAUAUAUCUAUCUUUAACUAUGAAAGAAGCUGCACCUAUUGAAUGUCAGCCUUUUAAAAACAUGGAAUAGUUCCUCAAUUUGCUUUCUUUUUGAUGUAUAUUUUUUCCAUAUAAAUAAAAAUAUAAAAAAUAAAUAAAUGCCUAAUUCAUAUAAUAGUUAUCCCCCAUAAAUAGGAGAGAUGAAAGAAGACUGCAUGAAUUGGGUUUCUGUAAGGCUAUGAGUGUGUGGAGCAAGUCCAUCACACCUGUAAGACUUGGUGUCUGAACUUAAUACCUGGCAUCACAUGUAGGUCUCUCUGUGGUGGAGAGGAGGGAGUAGCCCAUGAGAAGACCUUUGGCAGCCUAGUAAAUGCCUCGACUGGGCUGUAGAUUUUGCUGUGUGUUUAAGGACAAAACCCAUGGGUUUCGCAACUCUCCUAACUAAUGACACUUAUCCAUAGUAUUUGCAUAAGAUUAUAUACCGUGAAUUCCUGAGCAGAUCUCACAACUGCUAGAGAUAGCACUGUCUCGUGAUAGUUUUACCUUUGCUCUUUCACUGAAUGCAUUCACUAUUUCACCUAAGUUUAACAAGGUGACUCUAACUAUAUCUUAGCAUUUGGUAAAUAUGCUGUUUAAUGUUCGGUCCCUGUUCAAUGUUGGAAAUGCAAGCAAGAUCAGCAAGCAUCUGGUGCAAUGUAUUCGAUACAGGCAUGGGCCACAACCUACUAAAACUCCCACCCAGUUGAAAGGCCAGGACCUUCUGACACUGCAAAAUUAUUCAGCUGAAGACAUCAAAUAUUUGUUGUGGGUGGCAGCAGAUCUGAAGGAAAGAAUCAAAUGUAAAGGAGAGUAUUUGCCUUUGCUGCAAGGAAAAGCAUUAGCUAUGAUUUUUGAGAAAAGAAGUACAAGGACUAGAUUAUCUACAGAGACAGGAUUUGCUGUCCUUGGUGGCCAUCCCUGUUUCCUCACAACACAAGAUAUUCACCUGGGCAUUAAUGAAAGUAUCACUGACACAGCACGGGUGUUGUCAACCAUGACAGACGCAAUCCUGGCACGAGUGUAUAAACACGUUGAUCUGGAGGUGCUGGCACAACAAGCCACAAUCCCAGUGAUAAAUGGACUGUCUGAUUCUGACCAUCCCCUCCAGAUUUUAGCUGAUUACCUCACACUCCAGGAACACUAUGGAUCUUUGAAUGGAUUGACCCUAAGUUGGAUAGGUGAUGGAAAUAAUGUCCUAAACUCCAUUAUGCUUAGUGCUGCUAGAUUUGGGAUGAAUCUGCAUGUUGCUACUCCAAAGGGUUUUGAGCCAGAUCCCAUGGUCAUCAAAAUAGCGGAACAGGAGUCCGUAAAGCACCGCACCAAGUUGUUUCUCACCAGUGUCCCCACUGAAGCUGCCAAAGGAGCCAACGUUUUGAUCACAGACACGUGGAUAAGCAUGGGGCAAGAGGCAGAAAAAGAAGAGAGACUGAGGGCUUUCCAGGGUUAUCAGAUCACAAUGAAGACUGCAAAAGUGGCUGCUGCUGAUUGGACAUUUUUACACUGCUUACCCAGAAAGCCAGAAGAAGUUGAUGAUGAAGUGUUUUAUUCUCCACAGUCGCUGGUUUUCCAAGAGGCUGAAAACAGGAAAUGGAUAGUUAUGGCUGUCAUGGUGUCCCUGCUGACAGAUUACUCACCACAGCUGCUGAAGCCUACAUUUUGAUCCUUGGAUUUCUGCCAAGAGAAAAGAUUCCUUACCAGCAUUCACC